UGGUAUUAUAAAUUUAGUGACACUCUCAUACGCUCUCCUCAUUCUGUAACGUCACCUUAAAGCGGGAAAAAACAAACCCUAGAAAAUGUUGUUCUUCUCGUACUUCAAGGAUUUAGUGGGCCGAGAAGUCACAGUGGAACUGAAGAACGAUCUGGCCAUACAAGGAACUCUUCAUUCGGUCGAUCAGUACCUUAAUAUUAAGCUCGAGAACACCAGAGUUGUUGAUCAAGAAAAGUAUCCUCACAUGCUGUCAGUGAGGAACUGCUUCAUCAGAGGAUCGGUAGUGAGAUACGUGCAGUUACCACCAGACGGGGUUGAUAUCGACCUGCUCCAUGAUGCAACCAGAAGAGAAGCUCGAGGCGGUUAGAAAUUACCAAUCAUAAUUACAGUGUAUUUUACAGCAUUUCAACUGGAUACUUGUGGACAACUUUAAACUUUGUUGCUGCAAUAUUUGAAUUAUUUUUGUGAUUUCAA